CUCCUUUCCAUCCCGCCCCGCCCCUCAGGCCGCUCCCGCCGGGCCCCGGCCCCGGGCAGGUGGGGCGAGCGGGCGGGAGCAGCGGCCGUGGGACUAGGGAGAACGGUCACGCUCACGAAAGCUGGAGGCCGCAGCUCCGCAGCUUGUUGAAGCCCCAACUUCGUAGGGGUCGGCUGUUCCUAGCCGGACAGGCCUUGCGGUGCAGGUGUGGUGGGUCUGAACGUGUGCUGCGAGCGACCAGCGCCUUGCCUCGCACGAUGACAUUGAUGUUGCCCCGCCACAAAAGAUCAGGCUUAAUGUGGAAGAUGAUGUACAAAUUGUGACUGUAAGAAAAACUCUGAAAGUCACAAAGCCUCGUUUUGAUGCGUCCCUAGUUUACUUGACCCGAAAAUUCAUGGAUCUUGUAAAAACUGCUCCAGAUGGCAUACUUGAUUUGAAUGAGGUAGCAACAACCUUAGGAGUGCGAAAAAGAAGAGUAUAUGACAUCACCAAUGUAUUGGAUGGAAUUCACCUUAUACAGAAAAGAUCUAAGAACCUUAUCCAGUGGGUAGGAUCUGACCUUGAUCAUGUUGCUGGAAAGGCACCAGAGCAACAAAAACUCAGAGAUGAACUUUCUGACUUAUCAGCCAUGGAAGAAGCUCUUGAUGAAUUAAUUAAGGACUGCGCUCACCAGUUGUUUGAAUUAACGGAUGAUAAAGAAAAUGCAAAAUUAGCUUAUGUUACAUAUCAAGACAUCCAUAGUGUUCAGGCCUUUCAAGAACAGAUUGUUAUUGCAAUCAAAGCUCCAGAAGAAACUAAACUGGAAGUGCCAGCUCCUAAAGAGAAUUGCAUAGAAGUACGCAUAAAAAGCACAAAGGGGCCUAUUGAUGUAUAUUUGUGUGAGGUGGAACAAGAAAACCCAGGUGCCAAAACUUUUGAAGAUAUGGGUACUCUGACAUCUGAAACUAAAUCAGCAGUACCUCUUGAUGAAGAGCCGAGGGAGAAAGCCAGCAGCGCCUGGGAGGCUGCUGUUACCGACUCCCAAUUAGAGCAGGGGGCAGUGGAACAGACACCCAGGGAAGCUGUGAACUCUCCAACACUGGAGGUGUUCAAGAAGAGCCUCCGGACAUCGCAUUCAAGUCUAGAAAAGAUGCCAAGGAGGGCAAGAGUCACCCCUAAAGAACGUGUCGCUCAGUUUGGCAAGGAUAAAUUUCACACUGACGGUUCUGUGCUAUUCUGCACUGCAUGCAGCAAGGCUGUAGAUCACAUUCGAAAGCAGACGAUUGUAGAACACAUCGAAAGUGCUAAGCAUAAACAGAAUGAAAAGAGACAAAGAGAAGAUGCUGAAACUGCAGGGCCGUCAGCAGCAUUAAAGAAACAAGGCAUUGCGACUACGCCAUUCCAGAGUUCUACAGUUGCCAAAGACCACUGUGACACUGUCACUUCAGAUUUUUUUCGAAUGUGUUUAAAAGCAGACUUUCCUCUGCAUAAAAUGGAUUUACCUGUUGUCAGGGACUUUUUGAGCAAGCACAUUAAGGGAGGCAGUGCUAUUCCCAAAUCCGACCAGUUUUAUUCUCACCUACCAGCUCUUUUUGAAGAGGAAAAACAACGCCUCCUUAAUGACUUUGAGGGAAACUUCAUUGCCGUGAUUGCCGAUGAAACAGCCGACUUCCAAAACAGACCAGUUUUCAACAUUUUAUUUCAGGUGCUCAAGGUACGUCCUCCUAAACAUGCUGACAUUCCUGCACCACAGCUAGUAAAGACAGUGUGCCUGGGGAAAGUUAAUCAUGCUACCAUUUCACAAGCCUUGAUUUCUUGUAUGGUGGAAUUCAGCAUCCCACUUGAGCGAAUAUUAACAUUUGUAACAGACAGCACAAGCUACAUGGUGAAGGCUUGGAACGAUGUGCUUCGCAAUCUGUGGUUAAACUGUGUACACAUUUGUUGCUAUGCACAUAUAGUAGCUCUGGCAGGAAAUACUUGGCGAGAUGCCUUCAAGCAAGUGGAUCACUUUGUUGCUUUGAUGAAGUCACUUUUAGUGAACGCUCCAGCUUGUCGUGCACGGUUCUUGAGAUACCUGAAGGAACAGUGUGUUGAUUCACCAACACUUCCACCCAAGCCAGUUGUGACCAGGUGGAAUACAUGGUUCAAUUGUGUAAAGUACCAUGCACAACACUAUCAGCUCUACCAUGGGUUUGUGGAGUAUGAACGAACAGAACAAGGGGAUACAACUGUUCUGCGAGAACUAGCCAGCCUGUUAGCAGUAGAAGACUUGCACGCUGAUCUGAAGUAUAUUGCAGAAAACUGUGGACGCCUGGUGACAGCACUGAACAUUUUAGAGUCCCAAAAACGUCAAAUACACAAAGUGUACAACACUGUCCUGGAUUUAAUUUCAUGGCUAGAGCAUCUUGCAUCAUCAACUGAUAAUGCAAAAGGGUCCGUAGCGGCUCAAAGCACUGCUGAUAAACUAAGACAGUACAAUGUAAAAAGUAAACAGCCAGCAAUUGAUUUUCUUCGUGCUGUUCGUGCACUGGAUCCUAAACAAAUUGGCGCUGUUUAUACAGAUUAUGAAACUGUGAAACCGGAAUUAAAGCUAUCCAGUGAAUGCAAUAUGGAAUGGCCAGUGUAUUUAGGUCUUGUCAAAGAUGGGUUUAUAGAUGUUGAGGAUCCCAUUCAGUUCUGGAUGGCUGUUGAAGAUCAUGUUCCCAACCUGGCAAAAUACGCAGUGGUUCUCCUCCAACUGACUGUAAAUUCAGUUGGUGUGGAAAAAAGUUUCAGCAAACUUGGGAUUCUUUUCAGUGCUCAGCACCAGUCUCUGACAGAGGAAAAUGUGGCUGGAAUGCUGCAACUCUAUUUUAACAACCCGGACUAACUCAGAGGGAUUAAGUUUUCUGUGCAUUUUUAAAAACACAGCAGCUAGAACUUGGGUCAGAGCCCUGGACUAGCCUGAGGACUUUCUGUUUAUUUAAGAGGGAGAAUACCUUACAGGUAUUAGUUCUGUACUUGAAAGGCCCAGCCAGCCAGUUUCUUCUGCAGAGUCUUUGAUUCUGCUCCAGGGUGCAGUGACUGGCAGAGAUCAGCAGCCAUCAGGUAGGAGCAAGGACCAACGUACCCCAGCAGCUCACCGAGGGGCAGGGACUGCCCCCUAGGAGUAGCUUGAAUCACAGCAAGGGCUGGUGCACACCAGCAAUUUGUUGAGGAGCAGGGACCCCCCAAGAGCACCUUGCAUCCCAGUGAAUUUCUGGAGCUCACUGAGGAGCUGCCCCCCAGAGCAGCUUAAAGGGCUCGCUGGUGGCCCCUCUAUCCAGCUAGUUAGGGUGAGGCAGUAUAGGGUGGUAGGCCCCAGGGCUCCCUCCACUUGGGUUGACCUCCCAAGUCCAGAGUGCUUGGGUUUGGUAGAAGCUCACGGAAGGGUGGGGUGUGGCAGGGCACUCCUGGCACCUGCCACUUCAGGAGUAAAUCAGGCUCCAGGAGGCAGUCUUUGGGGAAGCUGCUGGCUGUCAGGCCAGUCACGUGACAGUUUAGGGGUGGGGCUAGCAGUCUAAGCCCCAGCCAGAAGGCAGAGCAGAUGGUUUGCUGCUGGCCAGGUAACAUCUUUUGGAAUGUGGACAGGACUGUAGGAGAGGUGGAGGUCCCAAUAGACCCAGGAAGAAGGGCCAGGAGUCCCUGGAAUAAUUGAGUGGCCCCAGGAAGGCUGAGGAGAAUGGAGAACCCAGGUGGGGCUGGACUAUGGAACUUAAGCCUUAAAGUUUAAAAGUGCUUUAAGCUGUACUUUGUGUUUCUUUUCUAUUUGUCCUAUAAUAAACCUCGCUUUUGUUGGUAUGUUGCUUGCAAGGGAGAAAUCUGUUCAUUUAGGACACUCCAGUUUAAAUCUAGUUAUCCCAGGUUUCUGGGUGGGGACUCAAACCAAAACUAAACUUAUUUUGCACCCUUCCCUCUUCCUCCCCCAACUUGAAUCUGACUCUUAUUGCUGCCAACAGGCACAGGGAGCAGAACAGCAGAGGCCAGCACUGCUCAGAGCCACAAAGCUGCAAAGGGGAUGGCUGCAGCUGGACCCGUGUCCUGGUGCAGGGCAGAAGCAAGUGAGGGACAGGCAGGGGCUGUGGAUCAGAAGUCAGGGGCACUGGUAGAGUUGGAGGGGAUGUGGCUUGAGAGUGAAGGGCAACAGCAUGGGCAGGGCACCGGCAUGUCAGAGGUGCUCAGUACCAUAAAGCAGCAGGGGGGACAUCCACAGUUAGACCUGUGUCCUGGUGCAUAGGGGGAGCUGCUGCUGGGAGGGAAGGGGGGGGGUAGGCAAGGGCUGUGGGUCAGGAGUGAGGGGCACCCCUUGGGAAUGAGAGGCAAUGGCAUAUCAGGGCUACUUGGUGUUAAAAAGCAGCAGGGGGGACAGCCACAGCUCGACCUGCAUCCUGGUAACUGAAGGGGACAGGCAGAGCUCUGAAUUUCCAUGAUAAACUCAAAUGCCAAAAUAUAUAGGUAUUUAGAAUUUAUUUUACUGUAAUGAUUGAGGCACUGGUAGGCUUUCAAAUUGCUUUAAAACUGUAAAUAUAUUAAUAAAACAUUGUGUUCACCUGAUACACACACAUACCCCCCACAGUGGCGUUUCAUUUUAAUCACAGAACAACACAGAUUUGGAGGCGGGUUUAUCAGAGAAUUUAGGAUUUUUUUUUUUAACAGAGAAAAAACCAGGUUCCCUGAUGAUGACAUUAUUCUGUUUCUAAUGGGUUUUUGAUGACAAUUAUAUUCCAGCCAUUUCCCUUAUAAAGCAGCUCCUCUCCUGCCCUCCUCUUCUACUAAAAGUUAAGGCUGCUGGAGUGAGUUUUUAACGUUUUGACGAAGACAGUAAAAAGAAGUCCUAAGUUUGUUGUGUAUGGAGACCUAAUAACUUUUUAAGGAAUAAAAAAUAAUCAUGUACUUAAAAUCAAGGAAUCCAGGAUUUCUGUAGUUAAUAUUGAGAGGAAAUUGUGGAUUAUAACAUUUUAGUUUACUGCUGCAUGCCAUGAUAUUGCUUAUCUUCCUUAAAAUUCUCAUAGUCAUAGAAAGUUAGGGUUGAAAGGGACCUCAGGAGGUCAUCUAGUCCAACUCCCAGUGUGUUGGAUCUUCCCACACAAAUGGUGUUAAAGCUGCUAUGGAAGGAAGAGUUUACAGAUUUUUUUUUUUUUUUUAAACAACUUCAAAACUUUCCAAAUUAUACCUUCAGAACUAUCCAGAUACUUAUGUUUUUCAAUUAUGCAGCUGCUUUUAACAGUGUCACCAUUCAAUGUGUCGUAUUGGUCAGAAUUUAACAAAUUUCUAUAAUGAUUUCUGAGUUGCAUUCUCUUUUCCCUUGCACAUUAGUUCAGAGGACUGCAGCCCAAACCCAGCCCACAGAGCCACUGAAUCCAAACUGCAGAACUUUAUCUGUGCCCAUUCCACACGAGGCAUUAAAGAGCUGUGCCAGGUCCAGGUAGCUGAAAGUUGGACCUGCAUGGCUGCCACUUCUCCCUGUCCCUUCUUCCCCAGCUGCAUCUGCAUCACAGCCAAGAGGCAAAGGGGAUAGGAUGGGAAGAAGUGGUGGCAAAACAGAUGCAGCUUCCCACUGGUGGAAAGCUCUGUUGGGGAUGGAAGCUGCAUCUGUGGAAAUACAGGGAAGAGAGAAGUGGCAGCGCAGGCAUAGCUCUCAGCUACCUGGCCACUGAAGGUGCAGGCAAAGGUCACCCCUGCCCAUAUGAGACGAGUCUAUUCUGGUCUGUAGCUUGUAAAGGCUGUUGGCUGCUGCUUUACACUAUUUGCCCAUCACAGUAAAUCUGAACUCCUCUUACCCACCUUGAUAAUGGAGAUUAUAAGUCUAAAUAUAUUGAUGUUACAGUUUUGCGUAAAGCAUUCUAAAAUGCAUCCAAGUAAGGGCCCUCUCUACAUGUGCAUGUGAAGGCACAAUGGGAUCUAAUGCUUGAUCCACACAACAGUGCCUGCUGCCACUUAACGUAUUUGGUUUUGGCACAUUUGUUUCAGUCAUCUUAAGGCAAUGUCAUCACCAAUGUGAGGAGCCUGAAGGCCACCAGGUAGCAUUGUAAACGAACUCAAGUCAACAAUGUGGGACAUGGUUUGAAUUUGUCCACAAGGGCAUUUGUUAUUGUGGAGGACCCAUUGGUAUAGGUUUGAGGCACAGUGACCCUGUCCAAUUCAAAAACGCUUGAGAAGUGCCCACUAACAGUGUAGCCACUUAAAUCCUGGUUGACUGAUGGUAGGGUCAGAGAUAAUGCAGUUGAUUGACUGGUGCUUGUGCUGACCAUUCUUCAUGCCAUUAAGUCAGGAAAAGUCAAAGGGUGGACCAUAUUGGGUGUCUUGAGGGAAGCCAAGCUAUUUGUGGGUGAAAUAUGUCUCAGUGCACUGGCAGCGUAGGUUUAUUCCUGAGUCUGGCUAGUAAACUUACUUCAGCAUUUGUGCAGUGGAGAUGAGGGGAAGCAAUGUUACUGAGGUCUGGUAACCAUGUGAGUGGAGUGGGGCACAGUGUGCCUGACACAAGAUGCAUUGUAGCAUGCAGUUGCGUGUCCACUAGUGUGAUGAACAAGCCUAUACAGGGGGCAGUAUUCUGCAACUGAAAACAAAAGUAAAUGAACGUAGCAUGGAGGCUUUGGCACCCCAAGUGGAGCCUGCAAGUUUGGCAAGUAGGUUAUUCCUUGUUUUAAUUUUCAAAGCAGUUUUCUGGAGAUGUGAUUUAUAAGUUAAAGUCUGGUCAAGGGUGAAACAAAGAUAAAUUGGGUGCAUUUCGAAUUUGAGAGGCUGACUGUUUAAAGUGAUAGUGAUGUCAAGAUUAGGACUGGAAUUAAGCAGAUGAGAAACACUGGAUUCAGUCUUUGAGAUAAUCGGUUUGAGGCACCAUUUUAGUCAGUACUCUGACAUCAGUCUCAUGUCUCCAUCAAGUGCGAGUUCCACACUUAAAGUCACAAGCUUGAGUGGCAAAGGCGCUCUCAUCAGCAUAAACAUUUUUUUUUUUUUGAUCUAGUCACAGGCAGAUCGUUAAUGUACAGGUUGAAAAGGAGAGGUGCCAGUACUGAUCCCUAAGAGAGGCCAUUGGCGCAUCUCCAAGAGCUAGUUCGCUUGGCCAGGUUAACUCUAAAGUGUCGAUCAUGUAGUAAUAGUUUGACUAGAUGAGUGACCCAGUGUGGCAGAGUUUCUGAUAUUUUUGCCAAAAGACUGGUAUGCACAUGUGCAUGGCAGGAGGUGUGAUUGUGGGCAUCAGAUCCCAUCACACCUUAUUGCAAGUGCAGGAGGAGCCCGAUUUGGCUGCUGCAAAAAUGUUUCACAGACCCCUGGGACUGGAGAUUGUAGCCACGCCUUGUGGAAGCAUGCUGCUGGAAUCCAGUAUCCACACCUGCAAGACCAAGGUCUGCGUGCUCCUAGGAACCAAAAUUGGCAGCUGCUGGGGCUGAGUCCGCUCAGUUUCUAGUCGCAGCUGGGCAUUGCACAUCUCUGCUGAUGAGAGCUCUCUCAGCUGAUGGGGAGACCCUGCUGCAGGUGCAAAUUAGAGCUGGAUAGCAAUCAGCUCCAAAGUUUGUACACCUUUUCAGGUCUAACUUCAUAGCUGGUUGGAGCAUUUUAUGGUAUGUUAGGUACUUUGCACAUGAAGCUGGUCUCAAAGUAAUUGAGCAAUUAACCACUUCAUUGCGUGUUGUGAUACCUGUAAUGUAUAGGGGGGCUAAGAUGCAGGAAACCUUGAAUUAGGCAUUCAUGUGAAACAUUUUGGAAACUAAGAAGUAUUAUAGUCUUUUAAAUCAUGCAGUACACCAUGAGUUUAUUCUUGAACAACUAACACAGAUAUAAGUUUAACUACUGCCUGUUUCUGUAAACUGUAUUCAAAUAAAUGGUUAUAUUUAAAGAAUAAUUUUUUCAUGUUUGUCUUACACUUUUUCUCCCUGCUUCCCUGUUUCUGUGGUUAUUGGCACUUACAUUCUUUUGUAUGGAUCCAACUCUUCUUGAAAUCAUGAUGAUCUCCAGUAUGGUAGAAAGGGCAGUAGAUCCAUGUGUAAAUUUUCCAGCUCUAUGUAGUACAGUAAGUAUAUGUAUGGGUACAAAUACUUAGUUUUCAGAAAUAAGAACAUCCUCUGAAAGAGAAUAAAAGUUCUCUUUUUAUCUCCCUUUUACAGUGAGAUCUCCAAAAGCAACUUGAGAAAAGUGAAGAAACCAUUAUCACCUAAAAUCCUGGGUAGAUUAUUAUGAAUAUCUGUGUUCCAGAACUCAUAAAGGUAGCAGCUUUUGGACUCUGAAUAUGUUCAGCUUGGAAUAUAAAUGUUUCAAACUUCCGAACAGCAAUAACUCAGUUGAGUGUUUCACAAUUUCAGUCUUUCAGAAUUUAAAGGCAGGCAGGCAAUUCAAGGAGUCCAUUUUUCAGAGCUUUUGUUUCUAGACUUGUGUGCUAUGCAGCAUUUUGGGGAAAUGACCUAGUUUUGUUUAUGAAAUAAUUGAAAUGACUGUAAAUUUAUUUUUUUAUGGACAAAAAAUUGCUUCCAAAAAUGUAGGUUCUGUUUUAAAACAGUUUGGAACAAAAAAAAGCAAAAUGUGAUCUUAGUAGAAUGUAAUAAUUAAAAAAUGCACUUUUAAUUCUGAAGCUGCACUGUCACUAAAUACAUUUGUGAAAUGUAAGGAUGGAUAACUUGCAUUGAAAGUCUUGUACUUGAGACUAAAACUUGUGAACAUCAUGAAAAUUUGAAGCUAUGCCUUAUACUGUGUAGAUGCUGUUUGCAUUAUUUGCAUCCAGCUCUGCAUGUAACUGUGGUUUGAACAUUGAAGUUGAAGUUGCUUUCGUGUACAUAUCUGUAUCAUAUUUAUAUGGUCAUUGUUGUAGAUUUAUUGACUAGAUGAAUCGCACUUCUGCCUUUGUACAGUAAAACCUGAAAUAAAGUUGUAAAUAGUGAA